UCUUAUUUGAAAGUAUUUUAAAAAAUUUUAAAAACACAAGUCACGAGUAAAGUACUAUUCAUAUUUUAUCAUCUCAUAACAAUAAAAAUGCUAGUUAUAAAAUUUUUUCAAAUAAGACAGACGACUAAAGUUGAACACGAAAACUUAUGGCUGUUCUUAUUUUGGGAUGGAGGUAGUAUUGUUUUCGAUUAGUCCAACUAUAAAGGCUGCAAUUUUCUCUUCCAUUGCAUUUUUAACCCCUACUACUUGCCGCACCUUGUGACCAUUCCCGCCAUAAUCCUUGAACUGCUUGCUUGGUCUCACGAUGGGUCCCACUGACUGGCCGGAGCCGGCCGCCGGCGACGAGAGCAGCGCCGUCGUGUCCGACACCGACGAACACUCCGAGGAGAGCUCAGCCGAUGCCAACGCCGACGAGACGGCGACGCGCGUGCAGCGCCGGCUUGACGAGGGCGCGGACGCCGAGGCCGAGGAGAUGGCGGCGCGCAUGCAGCGGCGGGUGGAGGCGCUGCCGGGGAAGGCGCACGAGAGCGAGCCGUUCACCAUCUUCCGCGUCGCCGGCCCGAUGCGCGGCCGCAACCGCCACCUCUACGAGCCCCAGAUGGUCUCCGUCGGCCCCUUCCACCGCGGCGCCGCCCGCCUCCGCGCCAUGGAGGAGCACAAGUGGCGCUACCUCCGCGACCUCCUCGCCCGCAACAACCCCGGCGGCGACGCGCCGCUCGCCGCCUACGCCCGCGCCGCCCGCGAGCUCGAGCCCGCGGCGCGCCGCCGCUACGCCGAGCCCGUCGCACUCCCGCCGCGGGAGUUCGCCGAGAUGCUCCUCCUCGACGGCUGCUUCAUCGUCGAGUUCUUCCUCAAGGGCGAGGACCGCGCCGCCGACGCGCUCGUCGACGCCGCGUGGGCGAUGCAGAACGUGUACAACGACCUCUUCCUCCUCGAGAACCAGCUCCCCUUCUUCGUCGUCGAGCGCUUCUACGACAUCGCCACCGGCGGCCUCGGCCGCGACUACCUCGUCACAAGCCUCCUCGCCAAGUACCUCACCAUGGACACCCCUCAGGACGCCGCCACGGCGCGGCCGCCCGACGGCGAGAUCCUCCACCUCCUCCACCUCUACUACCACUGGUUCUUGCCACCGGAGGAGAGGACGAGCGACAGCGGCGGCGGCGCCGCCGGCAAGGAGGAGGAGGAGGACGAGGCGUUCUGGGACGAGUGGCUGGCGAAGCCGAUCCACGAGCGGGUGCCAUGGCAGAUGCCGCCGGCGACGGAGCUGCAGGACGCCGGGGUGACGUUCCGGGCCAAGGCGUCGCCGCGCAGCCUCGUGGACGUCACGUUCGACCGGCGUGGCGGCGUGAUGGAGAUCCCGACGGCGGAGAACUACGCGAACCGCGCCAUGCUCGCCAACCUGGUGGCGUACGAGCAGAGCCGGGGGCGGCGGGAGAUGCAGCGGGUGGCGAGCUACGCGCUCCUCAUGGCGUCGCUCGCCGACGGGCGGCGCGACGCGGAGGCGCUGCACCGCGCCGGGGUGCUCGCCGGGGGGGACGUGGACGAGGCGGCGGCGUUCUACGCGCACCUGUGCCCGCCGCCGGAGGCCGUGAACAACUGCUACGGCGAGGUGUACGGCGGCGUGAGGGAGUACUGCGGCCGGAGCUGGAACCGCCACCGCGCCGUGCUGGCGCACGACUACUUCAGCAACCCGUGGACGAGCAUGUCCGCCGCCGCCGCCGUCCUCCUCCUCCUCCUCACCGUCGUCCAGACCGUCUACACCGUUCUACCCUACUACCAUCCCACCUAAUCACACACCUACUAUUGCAUGUAUUGUAUCGUAUCGUACCUUUUUUUAAUCCCAUUCUUGGAAGAGAUCAUUAGCGCAUAAUCCUACUCUGUAAAAUAGUAGUAACAUCUUUUUAAUUGCACAUGUACUCUUCCGUUACAAAGGCUCUGUUCGGCAGCCAUACAAGCUGCGGCUGCUACAUCACAAAUUCACUGCAAGGUGCAAGCUGCAGCAAUUCUCAA